CAAUUUUCAAGACCAAAAGAAAAAACUUUUCUAUAUAAACAACAAUAAUCCCGACACAAAAAAAAUUGUCUUGGCUAAUUUUUCUCAAUUCAACUAAAAAGGUUUAAAUCACAUUAAUAAAAUGGCGGGUCGCGACAUUUUCCAGCUGCGUUUAGCGGCUGUCGUGGCAUCCGCCGCCGUAUUGAUCUUUCUCCUUUCUAGCCAAGUCACGGAGGCAUCACGUAUGUUGAACCUAUGCUCCCACACCGCGUAUCCAUCUCUGUGCCGGCCUUUGGUGAAACGUGUCACAAACCCAAGACGUGCCACGCACAAAACCAUACAGGCUUUGGAGGCUAAGACAAGACUAGCUCUAACUGAAGCGGCCAGGUACAAAAGCGGUAACCAAGAGAUCACGACAUGUUACGAAACGCUUACCGACGCGCUUUAUAAUUUGGGAAACGCGAGGAAGAGUAUAAGGAAACGUGAUGUGAUGACGAUGAACACGUUUUUAACUGCGGCUGUGUCUGAUUACGGUGUAUGUGUUGAAGGGUUUAUUGACAAGGGUCAGGUUAAUACGGUUCAAAAUGCAGCGGUUGAUUUGAGAAAAAUCGGCACCAAUUGCUUAACGUUGUCUACAUUGAUUAGAUGA